AACCCACGAGGUUUUUAUAUCAUUCAAGUCUUAAACCCUCUCUCUCCCCGCCUCUCUCUCUCUCUCUGCGUCAAGGCACGGCGACUCUUGGGGUGGACGCCGGCGGAGCAAAGCGGUGGCCGGGGCUGCGAGACAACAUCCACGAUCUCCAUCCUCUGAGAGUAAUCCACACAUUUAGCCGAGAAUUGCUUGAAAGAUGCCUCCACAAAAGAUUGAAAGUGGUCACAAAGACACCGUCCAUGAUGUGGCGAUGGACUACUAUGGUAAGAGGCUGGCCACGGCGUCGUCGGACCACACCAUUAACAUUGUUGGAGUCAGCAACUCGGGAUCUCAGCAUCUUGCCACCCUAACCGGCCAUCAAGGACCCGUCUGGCAGAUAUCUUGGGCUCAUCCGAAAUUCGGGUCUUUGCUUGCUUCGUGCUCGUACGACGGACGGGCCAUCAUAUGGAGGGAAGGUAAUCCGAAUGAGUGGACCCAGGCACACGUAUUCGAAGAGCACAAAUCAUCGGUCAAUUCCAUCGCUUGGGCUCCUCAUGAGCUCGGCCUUUGUCUGGCUUGUGGUUCGUCCGACGGGAAUAUUUCCGUGUUCACUGCUAGACCGGAUGGCGGUUGGGAUACUCCAAGGAUCGACCAGGCUCAUCCGGUCGGGGUCACCUCCGUGUCGUGGGCCCCGUCGACUGCCCCUGGCGCACUUGUUGGUUCUGGCAUGAUGGAGCCCAUUCAGAAGCUGUGCUCGGGUGGUUGUGAUAACACCGUGAAGGUGUGGAAGCUCUACAAUGGGGUCUGGAAGUUGGAUUGUUUUCCGGCGCUUCUGAUGCACACUGAUUGGGUGAGGGACGUUGCCUGGGCGCCCAACCUGGGCCUUCCGAAAUCGACAAUCGCGAGCGCGUCGCAGGAUGGGAGGGUCAUCAUAUGGACUGUGGCCAAGGAAGGGGGUCAAUGGGAGGGCAAGGUUUUGCGCGAUUUUAGGACUCCCGUUUGGAGGGUGUCCUGGUCCCUGACCGGUAACAUUUUGGCAGUGGCAGAUGGAAAUAACAAUGUCACUCUGUGGAACGAAGCUGUCGAUGGCGAGUGGAUCCAGGUUUCAACAGUAGAGCCCUAGAAUUCAGCUUGCCGGUAUCCUCUCAAACUACUUAAGCUGCACAUUCGCAUAAAGAAUGAUUUACCAACAUUGUAUUUCCGGUCUAAAUGCUUAGGUUCACUUCACAGAUGAAUUUAUGCUCUUUUGGGCUGGUCUGAGAGAUGCUACAAGUUGUUUUCGCUAUGUGGCUAAAUCUCAUAAUGAAUGAAGUUGGACACAAAAUGGCACCAGAAUUUUUAGUCACUGUUUUUUGUCAGUCAUGUUUUGAGAAUGCUUUGAGGAACUUCGCCAAAA